UUUAGCAGAAAAAACAUAAAUAUUUUUUGAUUCAGUUUUUUUCCAGCCUCUCAUUGAUCUAUUGCACUUGUUCAUUUGUAGGAAAGCCGAAGAAUAGAUUAAAUAAUAAUCUUCUGGACAAGUCGAUCAUUUCGAUUCCACUUUUUCAAGCUUACGGGACCGUCCGUCGUCCGAACUCUUCCAAACAGCAUUUCAACGAUUAUUGCUCCGACAAGUCGCAGAUUUUGACUUAUUUCAAGAAUUCUGCCUGUGUAUGUAAACAACAGAUAGAAGCGGUUUCAAAAAAUCAAAAAACCACUUGCUCCGAAUAUCAUUACUGCUAUUGCUUGUUGACCAGGAUAACGAAAAAAGGAUAAUAAUCUAUGGAAAACAGCGGGGAAAGCGGUGAGGACAGCGGUUCCUUGAAUACGUCGGCGUUUCUCGCUGGUAGCAAUAUCGCCAACUCGUACAUCAGUAUGCAGUCUGACGAUAUGGAAGACGAUCCAGAGAAUACGGAUGAUUCCAACCAUGGAAAUUGUGACCCUUUGCAAGGAGUGAAUAUGGGUUCAUCCAGUGGACCUUUGCGGGAACAGGACAGGUUUCUUCCUAUAGCAAAUGUUGCAAAGAUAAUGAAGCGAGCAAUCCCGGAAGCUGGAAAGAUAGCAAAAGAUGCUAGAGAAUGUGUCCAAGAGUGUGUAUCAGAAUUCAUUUCUUUUAUCACGUCAGAAGCCAGUGACCGUUGUCAUAUGGAGAAAAGAAAAACCAUAAAUGGUGAAGAUAUUCUUUUUGCCAUGACCACGUUAGGAUUUGAUAAUUACGUUGAACCUUUAAAGAUGUACUUGCAAAAGUAUAGAGAAGCCACUAAGGGUGAUAACCCUGCUACGAAUACCGGGGUCAGUAGCGGUAAUGAAGACAGAAAAGGUGAUCAUGGACAUACAAUACAAUAUGAAGACCAGAUUUUCACCAUAGCUACUGCAGGUGAUGCUACUUCAUCGGAAACACCAAUAAUUUAUAGCUAUGCAACAGAUCAAAUGCAGUUUUUAUCUUAAGUUUCAACUACAGAUCUAAGUAUGCUACUUUAAAAGGGUGCAUACAUAAAAAUCAAUGUGUAAAUAAAUUUUUUUACUUCUAAAUUAAUGUGUCACACGUUAUAUAAUAUGAUGAUGUAUAGAAUAUAAGAUGUAAACGUAUAUUCUAAUCUAAGAAUAAAAGUAAAUUAUAUUAAUAUUGAUAGUUUAUUGUAUCGAUUGAGCAAAAAAAUUAGAGAAGAACAAUUUAAAUAUCUAAAGUGAACGAAUUAUUGAUCAUUCAGACCUAUGAUUGGCUAUCGAAAUUUGACCUUUUCUGAUUCACACAGCUGAGCGUCACGUGAUUUGAUCCUUCUCGAUAUACUGUAAACAUAACCUAACUUUGCUUAUAAAUACUUUAGAGACGUGUCUUAUCUCGUAAUUGUAUGAGAACAAAAGUAAAUUUAAAUAGUUUUGUGGCAUUUUUAAUUUUGUAUUUUAUCCUCAGAUGUGUAGAUGAUAUUUGUCAAAUAUACUUCUGCGUUCGAAAUUUUUUUGAUACACAUUUUAUGGUAAAUCAUCAAAAUGAUUGAAUUGGAAAAAUGUUUAAAGUGGUUAAAGGCAGGAUCGUACAAAAAGGUUUGCAUACAAAUACCAGAUCAUCUACUGGCAGAUUCCGCAGGAAUUGUGCUCUAUUUACAAGAAAACUCAGAUGCAUUUUUUUAUGUAAUCGGUGACACAACAUAUGAAAAUUGUUGCAAUGAUAAACUCAGUGCGGAUCAUAUUCAAGCUGAUGCUUGCAUACAUUUUGGCCAUGCUUGUUUGAGCUGUACAAAUGACUUGCCAACAUUUUAUAUGUUUCCCAAAAAAGAGCUUAAUUUUCAAGUGUUUUGUGAAGAGUUUCAAAAGUAUUUUCAAGAUGAUGCCAAACGACUUUUAUUUUUCUAUGAUAUUUCAUAUGCAUAUAUUAUUGAACAAAUUUUUGAGCAACUCAAGUCAAAGUACAAGAACUUAGUUCUAUCCACAUUGAAUGCUACUUCAAAUGUACCUUAUAUCACAACACCGUCAACAGAUGACUUUCACAACUCUAUACUGGGAAGGAGCUACCACGUGCAACCAGAUCAUGAAAUUCAAAGUUAUGAUGCAGUAUAUCUUGGAUCAAAUGACAAAACUCUAAUGACACUAUCUAUGAGUAUACCAGUCAAUCUUUGGCAUUGGUUUGAUGGCUCCAAAUUUAAUGAAUACAGUAUCUUAAGCUCUACGUGGCUGAAGAGAAGAAACUUUUUAGUAGAAAAAAUAAAAGAUGCAGAUGUUUUUGGAAUAGUCAUAGCAUCAUUGAAUAUCAAGGAUUAUUUGAAAAUUACAGAAAUGCUCAAACAGAUCCUUAAAAAAAUGAACAAAAAAAUAUACUUAUUUAAUGUUGGGAAAAUAACUCCAACUAAAUUGGCUAAUUUUCAAGAGGUUGAUAUUUUUGUUGCUGUUACUUGUUCUGAAAGCAGCUUGAUAGAUUCUCGAGAUUAUUUCAAGCCUAUAGUAACGCCAUUUGAAGUGGAUCUAGCUUUCAAUGCAGGAAGAGCUUACUCGGCAUAUCAUGCAAUUGAUUUCAAACAAAUUUUACCUGGAGGAUCAAAGUACGAAGAGUUUCAAGUUUCUACAGAUACAGAUGUAUCACUUACGAGUGGUAAACUCAGGACUUUAGAAGACAAUUGUUUGACAAAUGAAAAUAGUGCGCUUACUCCAAAAUCUUUAGGGGUAAUGGCUAACACUCAAAUUGAUACUAAUUUCCUACAAUCAAGAUCGUGGAGUGGUCUUGAGCAAAAAUUGGGUGAAAGUAGUGUUAGUUUAGCUGUAGAUGGCCGAACUGGUAUUCCUACGAACUAUACAAAUGAACAGUUGUAAAAAGUGAGUAUUGAAAGUGUACAGUUUUAGAUUUUAAUAUAUAACGUAAAAAAACGUCAACCACAUGGGGUGUUUUUUAUUCAAGUGCAUGGAAUAAAAGAGUUAAAUUUAAAAAGGUUGAAAUGGUUCAAUGAUUAUUAAUAUAUACAUGUAUAUAAUACAAAAUUAUUAUUAAAAUAGAUGAAUAUUACAAAAUUAGAAUCUAACUCAGGUCUUAAUAAUAAGAAAUGUGUAAUUUAAGAAAAAUUAACAGGACUAUUAACUUUUUAAAGAAACGUUUUUCUCUUGCUUAUUGAUUGAAAUCAUCGUGAUCCUCGUUUUCCAGCACGCAGUUGCUUUUCAAUUUCAAAUUGUCUUGAGUCAGCUCUUUGCAAAAAGUCUUGUUUUUCUAAAUACCCAUUUUUGCCUCGGUUAAACGUAUUUAUUUCUUCUUUUAAAUUAUUCUCUUCUUUGAAUUGAUUCCAGUCAAGUUUGGAUUUUUCCAAGGUACUUAAUUUAGUCUUUUUAUUUAAACUGCCUAAAACAGAUGUUAUUCCUUUCCUCUUAAUGUCUCUAUUGAGAAUAGGUAGUUUUGGCUUGUCUUUUGGCUUAUCUUCUUUCUCAUUAGCCAAAGUCACUGUGUUUUCUGAAUUGUCUUUUACUGUUACACUUGUAAUUGGAGAUUUUGAAUCCUCAGUUUUUGUGGCAUUAAAAGUAUCACUUUGAUCUGCACUGCAACUUGUACUUGAACUUUUAGGAACAUCUGUUUUGUUUGUGGAAGGGGAAGUGUCACAAGACGGUGUUUUGGAUGAAGUAGAUGUGUUGCUGGAUUUUAAUUUACUUGGAGUAGC